AGAUCGUGGAAGAUCGCAACGGUCGAGGCGAAGCGACGAUGGAGUCCAAGCCGCUGCUGCAUGGCGGGCGUCGCCCCAGCGCGUCGAGGCCGCCCAUAGCCGGCGGCAGCCGCCAUGCGCUAUGGGUGUCGUGGCUCACGCCAUUGCUCUACCUCGGCCAGGCGCGCCCGCUCGAGAUGGACGACCUCUGCUCGCUGGACCCGGCCAGCCGCGCCCACGUUAUCGCGCUCCACUUCAAGCAGCAGUGGGGCCCCGAGAAGCGUCGCGUCCAGCCGCGCGUCUGGCUCUGCCUCCUCAAGGCGUUUGGUCGACCCUUCUUCCUCGCUGGCUGCAUGAAGCUGCUCGCCGACGUGCUCCAGUUCGUCACACCCAUGGUCUUGGCCGCGCUGCUGCACUUUAUGGCGUCGGACGUGCCAAUGGCACAAGGCUACAUGUACGUGAGUAUCCUCUUUGGCGUUAGCCUCGCGCAGUCGGCAUUUCUGCGCCAGUACUUUUGCUACUGCGCCGACGUUGGCCUGUACGUCAAGAGUGCGCUCGUGGCAAUGACGUACGACAAGGCGCUGCACCUCGCGCUCUCGGUGCGGCAGCAGACGUCGUCUGCUUCGAUCGUGGGCCUCGUCACGACCGACGUCCAAAAGCUCCGCGAUGCGUCGCCGUAUCUCCACGCGCUGUGGUACGCGACGCUGCAGAUCUGCAUGGCCACGUACUUGCUCUACUCGUUUGUUGGCGUCGCUACCUUUGUGGGCAUUGCUGUUGCUGUCAUUAUGACGCCGCUCAGCUCCUGCCUCGCGACCAAAGCCACGGCCGCGCACGCCCAGCUGCACACGCUUGCAUCGUCGCGCCAGCACACAUGCGACGAGACACUGCGCGGUCUCAAGAUGGUCAAGAUGCAGACGUGGGAAGAGCACUGCCUCGCGCGCCUGUCGACCUUGCGCGACGCCGAGCUCAAGCAACUGACGCUCGUCGCCCGGCUCCGCAGUCUUUCGACCACGCUAUUUGACGCGACGCCGCUUCUCAUGGCAAUGGCCGUGAUGGGGAGCCACGUCUAUCUCACGGGCGCAGCGCUGAACUUGGCGACCGUCCUUCCGAGCUUGCUGCUUCUCCAGAUGCUCCGGACACCGAUCGCGCUCUUGCCGCAGGUGUUCUCGACGCUCUCAGAAGCGUCGGCGAGCUUGGAUCGCAUCACAGCCUUUCUUGUUGAGGUCGACCAACGACGGCUCACGGUCGGAACGCUCAGUGCGAUUGGAGUGCGCUUUGAAGACGCCGACUUGAGCUGGCAGCUGCCAUCGAUAGACGCGGCCGAAGCCUCGUUCUCGUCAGCAUCGAAUGGCCUCUGGCAGAUGCGGGGCAUCGACCUCUACGUCCGCGCCGGCGAGCUCUGCGCGAUUCUUGGCCCGCACAACAGUGGCAAGUCGACGCUGCUCAACGCGCUCCUCAACGAGGUCCACUGCACGUCGGGCCGCGUCAUGGCCCGCGGCGCCUUUGCGUACGUCGCGCAAAAGCCAUUCUUGCGCCACACAAGCAUCAAGGAGAACGUGUUGUUUGGCAAGCCGUGGGAGGCGUCCUGGUACGCGUGCGUCAUGGACGUUACGGGUCUGACGUCGCUCGUGCUCGACAACAGCGCGCUCUUCCCCGACCACGACGAGACCAACAUGGACAGCGUUCCGGCUUCGGUGGACCCGAGUCUGCACGUGCGCAUCGCGCUGGCUCGUGCGGUCUACCAAAAUGCGGACGUCUACCUACUAGAUGACAUUUUUGCGUCCAUGGCCUCUGCGACACGCGACCAUAUCUUUGGUCGCUGCCUCCGCGGUCUUCUCCGGCGCAAGUGCAUCCUCUGGGUCACGAAUGCCUUGGCGUUUGUCCCACUCUGCGACUCGGUCGUGCUGCUCGAGGAUGGUGUCGUCGUUGAGCAAGGCUCGAUCACAACCGUGCUCUGUGACGACGGACCGAUCCACGACCUACUGCAGUCGCACACGCUACUCGACGAUGCAGCAGUGAGACUUGAACCCGCGCCAACAGGACAAGAUUUCGUGUCGCCCGACCCAACGCCGCUGUUGCCGACGCUCACGGACGCUGUCGCAAGCCUCAAAGAGCACUCGGGCGUCUACAAGCGGUACCUACGAGCAUGUGGCGGCUAUGGCCUCGCCGCCACAUCGUUCGUUUGGUAUCUGAGUGCCCAGGCCACCACGGUUCUUGCGACAUCGUACCUCGGCUUUGACGAGUCGCUCCUCGGUCUCUACGUCUUUGCUACGGGACAUGCGCUGUAUAUUGGUCUGCUCUACAUGCGGUCGGCCAUCUCGUACCGUCGAGGUCGCGUCGGCAGCCAGCGCCUCUUUCACACUUCGCUGUGGCACCUUCUCCGCGCUCCGCUCAGCUUUUUCGAGCCAUCACCCGUCUCGGCGCUGCUCGCAACGCUGGCGUCCGACAUCGCCGUCGUCGACCUCGAGGUGCCGUCGACCAUGCACAUGCUACUGCACACGCUUUUGCUUAUCGGGACAACCGUUGGUCUUGUCAUGCUCGUGACGCCGUGGUUCGCACUGGCCGUCCUUCCAGCAAUGGCGGCGCUCUACGCACUGCAGCGAGCGUACGUGCCGUCGGCCAACGCCCUCCAACGACUCGAAGCGGCCACGCGGGAGGCGAUGACGGCGUACGUCCGCGAGUGCCUUCUCGGUCUUCGGUCGCUUCACGCCUACCGCAUCGAGGGCCACUGCAGCGCCAACUACUACGCGCUCCUUGAUGCGCAUCAGCGCGUGCACGUGGUGGUGACGGCGACCAACCACUGGCUCGCAGUCCGGGUCGAGUGGCUUGGCGCGACGCUGAGUGCCUUGGCUGCUGCCCUUGUCGUCAACUCGAAAGCCUCCGGCAUGGCGCCCUUGCCGCUAGUGGCGAUGGCUCUCUACUACGCUCUGCAGCUGACACCGACGCUUCACUGGGCACUGCGCGUCCUAGCUCAAGUGCAAGGCUCCCAUGCUGCGCUGCAGCGACUCGAGAGCUAUGACAACCUCCCGAUGGAGGCGCCGCUGACAAGCGACCUCUCGCUUCGUGGCCUCGAGAGUGAGAAGCGCGGUCGCCUGACGUUUGAGAAUGUUGAAGUGCGCUACCAGCCACACGAGGCGCCGGCGCUGACCCACCUCUCGUUCGACGUCGUCGCCCACGAGAAGAUCGCCGUGGUGGGCGCAUCGGGGUCGGGCAAAAGCAGCCUUGUGAUGGCGCUGAUGCGUCUGCUUGAGCUCGACGCUGGCGUCAUUCGCAUCGAUGGUGUCGACAUUGCAUCGAUGGGGCUUCACGAUGCCCGGCGCCAAGUCGCGUACAUUCCCCAAGACCCGAUUCUCUUUUCAGGCACGGUGCGCAGCAACUUGGAUCCAUUUGGCAUCUUUGGCGAUGACCGCCUUUGGGCGGCACUGCGCCGCGCCCAGCUCGUGAGUAUGGUUUCGUCACUGGAUGAGCCGGUGACGACGCGCGGCCGCAACUUUACCGUCAUCGAGCGACAGCUGCUCUGCUGCGCGCGCAUUUGGCUCAAGAACGCGUCGAUCGUGUGUCUGGACGAGCCCGCGGCGGUCUCGUGGGCGACGCCAAAGGACUAUGCGCUCCAAGAGGCGGUGCGGGCCGAGUGUGCUGAGCGCACGGUGCUCACAGUGACGCAUCGGCUCAACACGAUCCUGACGUCGGACCGCGUCCUCAUCUUGGAGCACGGACGCGUGGCAGCGUUGGGAACGCCUGUUGAUGUGCUGGCGACGCCGUGUGCAACCAUGGCGACGCUCCUCGAGCAGUGGCGCGCGGUGCAGCCGAUCACGUAGCGUCUUUAUGCUAUUGUUCAAUAGUUGUACUAGUAUAGUACAUAUAUACUGCUGCUAUUGCAAAUGUCGUUUUGGG